AUGUUUCCAGCGACAUUGCUUCCACCGCGAAACUCCCAGACUCGUUCACCAACGACAAGCUCGAAGAUAACAACGCUGACAAUAAACGAAAAUGAGACUGUGAAAGUUACUUUAAAGAUGUGAUUGAACUAUUCUUAAAAAAAGAUAUUGGUAUAUUUGUGUUUACUGUGAUGAAGACUUUACAAACUCUAACAGUUUCUUCUUAAAACAAUACUAAUUAAUCUUGUUCUACAACUAUUUAUCUACUACUCUAUAAUCUUCUUAUAAAAUAACUUAUGCAAUAUUUAGUAAAUAAAUUUAAAUGUUCUUAAUCGUUCUUAACUAAUUAAUAUAACUCUUUAUAAUAUCUUAAAAUCUUCGUGAAUCCCUAAAAUUAACAAAUAUGGCACAAUUUGUAACUCAUAUCCAACCAACUUUAAUGGAAGCUUCCCAUCAUCAUCCUCCACUUCAUCAUCACAAAGAGCUACACAAGGAACAUCACCCAAAGGAUUUUACUAGUAUGUUCUUGGAUACAGGAAGGCACAAGGAGCACAAAGACAUAGAGAGUCAUUACAAAGAUGUUCAAGCCCACCAAGGCCAUCCAAGGGAGUUUCCGGUAUUACCAUCUCAACAUUCCUUUUACACCCACGACCAUCACCACCACCACCACGAAUCAAAAGGACACCAUCAAUUACAAGACAUUAAACAGAAGAGUUUCGAAAAGGGACAAUAUGUUGAUUCGCAUGGAACUCAUCAUGAAUAUCAAUUACGAUUCAUAGAUUCACAAGGAAUUCAUAGAGAUUACCAUGGUCAUAGCGUUGAUGGACCUGAUAGUAGAAGUAAACCGAGCCCUCCAAAACACAUCGAGUUGAAACCCGUUUAUAUCGAAACUAAGUCUGACGGUAAUACGUCCUUUCUACGAGCUGCUAGGGCAGGGCACCUCGACAAAGUCCUAGAACACCUAAAGACAAACAUCGACAUCAACACCAACAACGCGAAUGGCCUGAACGCACUUCAUUUGGCAUCGAAAGACGGCCACGUAGAAGUAGUAGCGGAACUAUUAAAACGUGGCGCGGUUGUAGAUGCGGCCACCAAGAAGGGUAACACUGCCUUGCAUAUUGCCUCUCUCGCUGGACAAGAAGAAGUGGUCAAAUUGCUCGUGCAACAUGGCGCUUCAGUUAAUGUCCAAAGUCAAAACGGCUUUACGCCUUUGUACAUGGCAGCCCAAGAAAAUCACGAUAACGUCGUUAAAUAUCUGUUAGCGAAUGGCGCCAACCAAAGUUUGGCAACGGAGGAUGGAUUUACACCUUUGGCAGUGGCAAUGCAACAAGGCCACGACAAGGUCGUCACAGUGUUGUUGGAGAAUGACACCAGAGGAAAGGUCAGGCUACCGGCACUCCACAUCGCCGCCAAAAAAGAUGACGUGAAGGCCGCCAAACUUUUAUUAGAGAACGAACAUAAUCCGGAUGUUACAUCAAAGUCCGGGUUUACACCUUUACAUAUUGCUUCGCACUACGGAAAUGAAUCGAUAGCAAAUUUAUUGAUUGCGAAAGGAGCCGACGUGAACUAUGCGGCCAAACACAACAUUACCCCGUUGCAUGUUGCUGCAAAAUGGGGAAAAACGAAUAUGGUGGCUUUGCUUUUAGAAAAAGGUGCUAUUAUCGAAUCAAAAACUAGAGAUGGUUUAACUCCGUUACAUUGCGCCGCUCGAAGUGGCCAUGAACAAGUUGUUGACAUGUUAUUGGAACGCGGAGCUCCUAUAAGUUGUAAAACGAAGAAUGGAUUGGCACCCCUGCACAUGGCAGCUCAAGGUGAUCACGUUGACGCAGCCAGAAUACUUCUUUACCACCGAGCUCCAGUUGAUGAAGUAACAGUUGAUUACCUCACGGCGCUUCACGUGGCAGCUCAUUGCGGUCACGUGCGGGUAGCAAAAUUACUCCUGGAUAGAGCCGCAGAUGCAAACGCUCGCGCACUCAACGGUUUCACACCACUUCACAUCGCCUGUAAGAAAAACAGAAUUAAAGUUGUUGAAUUAUUAUUGAAACACGGAGCAAGUAUUGGAGCAACGACUGAAAGUGGCUUAACACCAUUGCACGUUGCCAGUUUUAUGGGAUGUAUGAAUAUUGUAAUAUAUUUGCUUCAACACGAUGCUAAUCCUGAUGUACCAACUGUUCGUGGUGAAACGCCGUUACAUCUUGCAGCAAGAGCUAAUCAGAAUGAUAUUAUUCGAAUACUUUUGAGAAAUGGAGCACAAGUUGAUGCAAGAGCUAGAGAACAACAAACAGCUCUACACAUUGCGUCUCGUUUAGGAAAUGUUGAUAUUGUUAUGCUUUUAUUACAACAUGGAGCCAAAGUUGAUACCACCACCAAAGACAUGUACACCGCCCUCCAUAUAGCAGCUAAAGAAGGGCAAGAUGAGGUUGCCGCUGUUCUCAUUGAACAUGGAGCAUCUCUAAACUCCACCACCAAAAAAGGGUUUACACCCCUCCAUUUAGCUGCAAAAUACGGUAACAUGAAAGUGGCAAAACUUCUUUUACAAAAAGAAGCUACCGUGGAUUCCCAAGGCAAAAAUGGUGUAACACCUUUACACGUAGCCUCACAUUACGACCACCAAAACGUUGCUCUUCUACUUCUCGAUAAAGGAGCAUCACCUCACGCUACAGCCAAAAAUGGGCACACCCCGUUACACAUUGCAGCUAAGAAAAAUCAAAUGGAUAUUGCAAAUACUCUUCUUGAAUACGGUGCUAAACCGAACGCUGAAAGUAAAGCAGGGUUUACACCUUUGCAUCUCAGCUCUCAAGAAGGGCACACAGAUAUGACCUCUUUAUUGAUUGAACACGAAGCUAACACGAAUCAUCCGGCUAAAAAUGGUUUAACCCCAUUACAUCUUUGCGCACAGGAAGACAGAGUUCCCGUUGCGGAGAUUUUGGUUAAACAUGGAGCUGAAGUUGAUGCUGCAACUAAAGGCGGAUUUACUCCCCUUCACAUUGCGAGUCAUUAUGGACAAACUAAUAUGGUUAAAUUUCUUUUAUCGAAAGGGGCGAGUGUUAACUCAACAACUUCGCUUGGAUAUACACCGUUACAUCAAGCCGCCCAACAAGGACAUACCAACAUCGUUAAUAUAUUAUUAGAAAAUUCAGCUCAACCAAAUGCAGUUACUAACGGCGGCCAAACACCGUUACACAUCGCCCAAAAACUGGGUUAUAUCAGCGUAAUCGAAACGUUGAAGAUUGUGACUGAAACUACAACUACAACAACCACCACCACGACCAUUGAAGAAAAAUACAAAGUCGUCGCUCCUGAAGCUAUGCAGGAAACUUUCAUGUCGGAUUCGGAAGAAGAAGGUGGAGAAGACACUGUCCUCGGGGAUCAUUCUUAUCGAUACCUUACAGCUGAUGAGAUGAAAUCCCUCGGUGACGAUUCGUUACCAAUUGAUGUCACCAGGGACGAGAGAAUCGAUUCGAAUAAGAUGGUAAUCAGCGAUUCAGACCAAAAUGCCCUUCCUCCCCAAGCUAUCGAAGACGGAAUUAGCCCUCAGUACAUCACAGAAAAUUACGUUGAAUAUACCAAGAAAUACGUCGUUGAUAAUGUUGAUAUUGCUCGACAUCCCAUCAACAUUGGGAAACUCCACUGGAAGAAUUUCUUGGUAUCAUUUUUGGUUGACGCAAGAGGUGGUGCAAUGCGCGGUUGUCGUCAUUCGGGCGUCAGGGUCAUAGUACCUCCAAGAUGCGCACCAAGCCCUACGAGAAUUACGUGCAGAUAUGUUAGACCACAAAGAACACCCCACCCACCACCUUUAAUGGAAGGCGAAGCUUUAGCAAGUCGAGUUUUGGAAUUAGGACCUGUGGGCGCAAAAUUUUUAGGCCCCGUUAUUAUAGAAGUCCCACAUUUUGCCGCUUUAAGAGGAAAAGAAAGAGAAAUUGUUAUCUUAAGAUCAGAUAAUGGGGAAACUUGGAGAGAACACACCGUGGAUUCUUCCGAGGAGAUUCUUAAUGAAGUGUUAUCUGAAAGCUUUGAAGCUGAAGAUUUGAAUCAAUUAGAAGAUGUUUCAUCAGGAAGAAUAACACGUAUUUUGACACCGGAUUUCCCACAAUACUUUGCUAUUGUUACAAGAAUACGACAGGAAGUUCACGCUAUCGGGCCGGAAGGUGGAAUGGUAUCAAGUACGGUGGUACCUCAAGUUCAAGCAGUGUUCCCGCAAGGAGCCCUGACGAAGAAAAUCAAAGUUGGAUUACAGGUAAAUUUAUUUAAACCGCGAAAAGGGGUGCCCGUCGAAAAAUUAAGAAAAAUAACUGUCAAUCACGUACCGAAAAAGAAACGCUGGUCAUUAAUUUGGUAAAAUUAUUUCUAACGGUUUAGCUUGAUGAUAACAUCAAAAUGUUAAUCAGCUGAAACAGUUUUGUCGUUAAUUGAGCACCGUAGAUACGUUUAAUUAUUGCUAACUUUUAUUUUUAAAGUUGCAAUAAACGGUAUAAACUGUCAAAAUC